AUGGUGUCUGGAGGCGCGAGGAGAAGGCGAUACGGCUCUGGAAACGUGAGACAUUUACACGGAGACGGACCCUGUCUGUCUGUCACCUCCUGUCUGUCACCUCCUGUCUGUCACCUCCUGUCUGUCACCUCCUGUCUGUCUGUCACCUCCUGUCUGUCAUCUCCUGUCUGUCUGUCACCUCCUGUCUGUCACCUCCUGUCUGUCACCUCCUGUCUGUCUGUCACCUCCUGUCUGUCACCUCCUGUCUGUCACCUCCUGUCUGUCUGUCACCUCCUGUCUGUCACCUCCUGUCUGUCACCUCCUGUCUGUCUGUCACCUCCUGUCUGUCAUCUCCUGUCUGUCUGUCACCUCCUGUCUGUCUGUCUGUCUGUCACCUCCUGUCUGUCUGUCACCUCCUGUCUGUCACCUCCUGUCUGUCAUCUCCUGUCUGUCUGUCACCUCCUGUCUGUCAUCUCCUGUCUGUCUGUCACCUCCUGUCUGUCUGUCAUCUCCUGUCUGUCUGUCAUCUCCUGUCUGUCUGUCAUCUCCUGUCUGUCUGUCACCUCCUAUCCAGACAUGGACCACAGCCUCGUGUUCUCCUCUCUGCAUGAGGCCUGUGAAGAUGCUCUGUCCGCUCUGUCUCACCCCGAGGACCUGCCGUACGGCGCCGUGGCCGAGCGUCUGGCCGUGAGCCUGAGACAGAUCCGGUCCCACAGCGAGGCCCUGGAGCCCGUGGUCACCAGCUUCACCGCCGUUUACCACCUCUACGACUUCGACGAGCAGACGCCAGGGAACGGAUACCGCUCUCUCGUGAAGGUCUUGCUGUCGUGCCUUCUCCACAUCAUAAACAAAGCUCGCUACGUCUCGUCCAACCUGCGAGGGGCCUUCUUCAGGGCGGACCACAACGCCACCGAGCUGGAGGCGUACUCGAGUGCCCUGUGUCAGCUGAGAGCACUGCUGCACCUGGCCCAGCGGCUGCUCAAAGACACCCCCUGUGGACACCUGUGCACACUGCAGGACGCAGCGCUGAGCCGCCAUUUUGUGCAAGAGUACAGCUCCAUGCACAAGGCCUGCUUCUACGGCCGCUGCCUGGGCUUUCAGCUUUGUGGCUGUUAA